GCAAAACAUUUCUGCUCGUUUGAGUCCAGAACUGUCAGAUAAAUGUCAAAUAAUAUUCAACUGUUUAUGAAAUUUUAUUUUGAUCUUACUUCGACAUGUUAUUCAUAAUCUUCCAUUGUUUUUGUUUAUGAUAGACUGUUAAAUCUGUCUAACUGUUAAUUCUUUCCUUUCUACCGGCUUAAAAAAAAUAAUGCUGAUUAAACUUUGUUCGAGUCUUUAUUUUUUAAGUUGCAUUUAUUGCAUUAAUACUCUGCAUUUGACUGGACAAUUCAACACAAAUGAAUUUUUCAAGUUUUUAACAAAGUUUGGAUUUCAGAAAACUAUAUAUCAUGAUCAUUUAAACACUUUAGGUUUUAUUUAUGGCAAUAUAACUGCGCCCACUUAUGCAAUUGAUGAAAGACAUAAAGCUACUUUUGUUGUUGUAGAUAGACAGUUUUUUCUCGAAUAUUAUAAGGAUAGAUCUUUAUACAAAUCUGAUCCUGAUGGUGUUUGCAACGCAAUGUUUAAAAAAAUCGAUACUGUCGCAUUUGAUAAAAAUUGUAAAGAGAAUGGCACUGACGAUCUCUUGAGAAGUGUUCCCUGUCCUAGGAAUGAAUUGUGUGAAGAUGAAGAUGCACCUCAGCGAGUGGUUAACGGUCAUCAAUUUACUUAUGCUGUCCUAGAUAAAAAACAGGCUAGAUUUUGGUACAUUAGCCUUGUAGCUUGUUAUAGAUAUGGGUCUGAUAAUAACUGUACUUGGAAAGAGUCUUCGAAAGAAAACAUAGUUAUGGACUAUGAUAUAUGGCUGGCAAAUGGAAAUCCUUACGCUACACAUAGGAAUCCUUUUGAAUUUCAACUGUCCUUUGAUCAACAAGGAACAGUUGAAAUGUAUUUGGGAUUGCUUGCUCUGUAUUUGAUUCUAGUCCCUCUCCAACUGUACGCUGCAGUGCAUCAGCGUCAUCACGUAACCAGGUUAUAUACUGCCUCAUUAGUGUUACAGCUAUCUUAUGUUUUCUGCAUAGUGGUUCAUAUGGUUAAGUUUGCGCUGGAUGGUGAAGGGGUUGCUGUUCUUGAAGUUGUUGGAGAUGUGAUGCAUCUAUUAGCUGAGAGUCUCUUUAUGUUGCUGUUGCUUCUCCUAGCUAAGGGAUGGGCUAUUACAAGAACUGAGUUAACAUGGAAGCCUUUUCUUUUUUGUGUUUGGAUGCUGUACACGUGUGUUAGUGUUCUUCUGUAUGUCUGGAAUAUGACUGAAGUGGAUGUGAUUGAUGAUAUUGAUGAAUAUCAGACUUUUCCUGGCUGGAUAUUCUUAAUUUUGCGCCUGGCCAUCAUGGUUUGGUUUCUGUACGAGCUACGUUCAACCAUGUUGGAUGAGAAUGAUCGAGCGAAGUUGAGAUUUUAUGUUCAUUUUGGUGCUGGAAUUUUAGUAUGGUUUGUUUACCUGCCUGUUGUUGCAUUGAUUGCUCUUCAGAUAUCUGCAUUAUGGAGAGCAAAGCUUCUUUUAGGUAUCACAUCUAGUGCUGACUUUCUUGCUUAUGCAAUCAUGUCACAUCUCUUGUCCCCUACCAGAAGUGAACAGUACUUUCAGCUUGCAUCUGAAUCCGAUCCCGGUGAAGAAUUAGAAGAAUUCAAUGAAGCUCCGCAUAAUGUGCCGAGGCCGCAAAAAGUUUAAACUAGUCUUGCUACAAUCGCAAAAACAUUUUCAUUUUUUUAUGUGCUGUAAAUAUACCUCUCCUAAAAUAAUCAGUCCAUCUUCGUUAUUUGCUGUGAUGUGAACCCUUUUUAGAAAUAUCUAUAUAAAUGUGUUAUGAGACAGUAUUCAAAUAGAAGGUGCUUCAUUGUUUUUAAUCUUUUGAAUCUGGAUAGAUUUAACUCUUGUUGGUUUUAUCUCAUUUUGCGUGUUUUAUAUCAUUGAAGAUAUUUUAAUAAUGUGGUUGUUUGGUUUUCAUUUCAAUGUUUUUAUCAUGUGUUUAUCCUUUUGUUAUAUAUUUUACCCAUUCAAUCUUACAAAUUUUUUACACUUAUUAAUCAUCCUAAAUAUUUCAUUUAAUGCAUUUUUUAUUUUAAGAAUAGAGCUGGUUAGACUGAGGGUUGAUAUUUAUAUACAGUGCCAGCGAAAGACGUUUUGUAACUUCAGGCGAUACUGACUUAAAUUUGGAAAAGACAACUGAAUUUUAAAAAAAAUAAUAAUUUUUUACAUAAUAAUAAUUUAGUCACAAUGCUGUAGGAAAUUGCUUCUUGUAUUUUAAAUUACAAUAUUAUGAAUAACAUGUAAACUUUUUUUACCCUAGGUUUUAUGAAUUAUAAAUAUUUUUCGAUAUUUAAUGCUAAUAAAAAAAUAUUUUGUGAAGCAAAAUAAUAGGUCUCUAAACCAGAGAUGUCAAGUUUCUUCCAACCCAAAUGGAAGAAAUAAAGAAACUCCUUUUCAAGAGAAAUCUAAAAUUUAAUAAUUUUUUUAAGCAGUUUAUAAUAACAAUUUAGUUUAAAUAAUAGUAAUAAUUUCUGUUAAGUGUGAAUGCUGAAACAGACUCUCCAAGUAAUUUAAUGCAUACAUUUUAAAAUUUAAAAAAAAAAGAUUGAAUUAAAUAAUAUAACAAAAAUUACAUGAAUAAUAUAAAAAUUGUUAUUUAAAACAAAUUAGAGGUGUAUUUUCUAGUACUAUAAAUUCAAUUUGUUUUAAUUUGAGCUAUUGGAAUAAUAUUCAUUGCUAAACAAUUGUAUAGAUUAUUUUUAGUUUCUUCCUGUUUUUCCCUGUUUCUUUGUCUGGGAGAAAUAGGUUUUUUAGAGAUGAGAAAUACCAACCCUGAUCUAAAUACCUAAAAAUAACUACUCCGUAGCUAGAUGUAAUUAAUUAUACUCAAACCGCCUCUGAAAUAAUGUGGUACAUAUAUAAAUUUCAUAAAAAAGAAACUAAAAUAGUUAAUAUAAUAGUUACUCUUUAAAAUGAAGUAAAUGUAAAAUUGUUUUUUAUUUUCAGAUAUUAUGAAUUUAAUUGAUUUAAAGUUAAGGUCUUCUAAUGAAACUUAUUGCUAAACAAUUGUAAUGGUUAUUUUUAGUUUCGUGCAGUUUCUUCCAAUUUAUCCAGUUUCUUCCAUUUGUGCCCCUUUCAUUUUAACCAGUUCCUUCCACUUUGUGCAGUUUCUUCCAUUUUGUCCAAUUUCUCCCACGGUUCUGGAGAAAAUAGGUUUCUUCCGCUUAAAAUGCCAACCCUGAUUUAAACAAACAAUUUGUAUUAUCCCAAUAUGCCAUAUUUUUUAAUGGAUUAGUUUUAAAGGUUAAGACUCAAUGCAUACCCGUCACUUAUAUUCUUUUAAGGGUAACUACCACAGCUCAGUAUACCCUACACUGAUGUUAUUUUAAGGUUAAGUACCACUGCCUGGUGUACUCUACCAUACUUUACAAUAAUAGAGCCACGUAUUGAACUGUAAAGUAAUUACUCAGGUAUAUCAUGCAUUGGGACAAUAAUUAACGAUCUGUCUUAAAAUAACUAUCUUAGAAAUUCUGUUGCAAGAUGCAAUUAAUGGUAUUAUAUUAGUAAUCAUGAUGUCAUUAGAAACUUAUUUUAUCAUAAUAUUAACUUAGAAGCUUGCCUACACUUAAUUUUUCUUGACUAAUUCAAAAUUAUGAAUAAGUAAUAGUAUUUAAAAAACCUAAGUUUGCAGCAUAAUAAUGCUUUUAAAAUUUUUAAUUCAAUAUGAAUUUGAUCCAAAUAAAUAUGUUAUUAGUGUUAUAUGAGUAACUUUUGCAAAUAAGUGAACUUUUUUUUCUUUUUUUAGUUUCUAUCAGUAAAAAUUUCUGUCAGUAUUUUCUGCAUUUCAUUUAUAAAUGUCUUCUUAACUCUAAACUAUGAUACUGAAAAUCACAAAUUAGGCUUCAUUUAUAAAAAUGAUUUAUAUUUCAAAGACUUUUGUUUUCAUCAUCGUUUCUCUCUUUUUAAUCAAUGUGAUUUAAAUGCAGGUUCAUUUUCCUUUAUUAAAAAGAAAUCCUACAAUUUAAGCAUAUUAGGGAAUUUCUCUUUAUUAUUAUAACGUUAUGAGCAAUGAAAGAAAGCAGGAAAAAAACUUUUUUAGUCUUCAUCAGUGUUCAAAACAAACUUCCUGCGAAACAAACUUGCUUGCAUUUGUGUCACAUUGAUUUUGUUCAGUAUUUUCUCUUUUGUUAUUGAAGUUCAAAUGAAAUAUGUAUAAAUAAAAUAUAUGUACUAAAGUAUGCAGUCAGCUUGCAACAUAUAUACUUGUUUACUAUAUACUAACUAUUGUGAUUUAUUGUUAUUAUUUUUUGGUUUUAUUUCCAUUGUUUGGGUUGUUUAAUGUGAUGUUUUUAUCUAAAGUUUUCUUUAGAAUCUAGUCACAAUAAGUUUUAUAAAUAAAAUAUAGGGAUUUUCUUAGUUUGAUGGAAAUUUAAAAGAGUAUUAUUUUGAAAUUCUUUUAUGAGAAUAAUAUGUAGAGUAUAAUAAAAAUAUUUCCUUGUAACAUUCCAAGAUUAGGCAUUCAUAUAGACUACUUUUAAUUUCAAAUCAUAUGAAGUAUUAAGUCAUGUCCCUUUAGAUCUGAAAAGAUCUAAUAAUGUAUGUCUUUUUAGAUAUAGUGCUCUAAGAAGAUUUGAUAACAUACACGAAUUUUUAAAUCUCAAUUAAUAUUACAUAACAUGUAAUUGGUACAAAUUUAAACUAUGCAGUUUUGUAUUUAUUGUGUUUUAUUUUUUUAAAUUUUAUUAUAACUUUAGCAAUUUGGUUUAUAUCUAGCUAUGAAAUCUACUUUAAAAAAUAAACUCUUAAUAAAGUUAUCUGCUCAUCUCACAUCGAAAAGGUAUUUGUUUACUUUAGAUGAAAUUUCUAAUUGCUUUGCCUGUUUGUGUAAAAAAUGUGAAUUUUAAAUAUUCACCUUAGUUUUUAUUUAAUUUAUUUUAUAAUUGCAAUCUGGAAAUAACUUUUAAAAUGUAAUUACUUAAUAUCAAUUAUUUUUUACUUGCAGAAUUAUUCAUGUUUAGUUGAUGGAUUUAAUAUCCUUUAAUCGCUGGUUUAAUUUCAUAACCUUUAAUUGCUUGGUUUAAUUUCAUACUCUUUAAUUGCUUGAUUUAAUUUCAUACUCU